GCUCUGUAAUCCCUGCAUAUUUUCUCAUCUUAUUUUAGCUAACAUGUUGCUUUCCUCUAAUUAAAAUAGGUUAGCUAUUAUAUUUAGGGAACCUCUGAACUUCUGAUGGUUUUCAAUACAAUUGAGGACUACCCCAUUUGAGAAAUCUUCUUGAAAUCUCUCAGUUGAGAAUUGAGAUGGGGGUCACUGGGGAGUUGGUAAGGAGUGUCUUCUCUAGAAACCGGUCUCUUGGGACUCAUGAGAGCAGUGUCAGGAGCAAUGUGAUGGAAAGGAAAAGAUGGAGCUCUGUUAGAGCAUACCUAUGUGGGGAUGAAUUCAAUUCAGUUCUUGCAGAUGAGGAUUCUGUUUCAGUUAAAAGCUCCGAAGCCACUGUUACACAGCCCAUACUAGAGGACUUGACAGACAAAGUAGAUAUCCAAAGCGAAGAAACCAAUGAAGAUGUACCUGAGGAAAAGCAGGAUUUUAAGUCUAAAUUAAUAUUCCGUGAAGAAAACGCUGCAACCCUCAUCCAGUCAGCAUUUAGAGACUUUCUGGCUAGGCGUGAAACUGAAGGAAUAAAAUUGAAGGAUGAUAAAGAGGAGCUUGUUGUAGGAAAACAAAGUCCAAUCAGGGAAUCUAAAGUUCAAACAGGAAUUUCUGUGGAAGUUUUCCCAACUCAAGAAGAAAGAGUGGCUCUUCACCACCGCAUCCAACAGAAAGCCCGAACUCAAUCUCUAAAGCUAAAGGGAGACUGGGAUGAUAGUACAGUGAGUAGCAACAUAUCAAAACUGAGGAUCCAAAACAGACUAGAAGCGACAACAAGGCGCGAGAGAGCACUAGCUUAUGCUUUCUCACAACAGCUGCGGGUCUGUUCAAAGAGAAAACAAAACAAAGCCAAUAACACAGAACCAAACAUGGGUUGGAGCUGGUUAGAACGGUGGAUGGCAACUCGCCUUCCGGAAAGCUCCUCGUUUGAAGACCAGAUAAAGCAACUUGAGCCAAUUGACAGCAAUCAAAGAUUCAUGCUUGGGAAAAGAAUUUUCGAUGUAGCAGGAGAAGAAAAAGAAAGUUGUGGAUCAAAUGAGGUGUCUGUCCAAUUUGAAAGCUUUAAAGCAACUGUACCAAAAGAGAGGGACGGGUUGGAGUAUACCAAAAACAGGCUCAAGGCCACCAGAAGCGUGUCUAGGCGAAAAACCAUGCAGAGCAUUCAAUGCGCAAAACAGUCUGCCAAGGUAAAUCAGAGAAAUGGUUCAAAAGAAACCGAAAACGAUAUAAAGAACAAGCAAAACCAACCAGGCAGCAAAAAGAUCUAAAAUGCAAAAACGUUUCGUCUUAACAAUCUCCAAGUUUUCAGACCAGUGGCGUGCCCAUAAAGAUUCCAACACUCUUAAGGCCAUAUGUGUUUGUUGUUCUUGUUGCCCAUAAAAGAGAAAAAGGUGUGUUUGUUGUUGCUCUCUAGGAUGUAUUCUACUGUGUGGAUUCUAAAUAUAAUAAUUCCCUUGUGAAUGUUA